AAGGUCCGGCUAUUUGGAGGUGCUUAGGCAGGAAAAUAUUUGGUGUUUAUGAAAUGAUAUGUUUGGAAAUUGCUUCAAUAUAAUCUCCCAUGUUGGGGGUAUGGUACAGGAAUUGACCAGUUAUUGAAGCUGAGCAUUCAUUAUUCUAAUUUUGUACACAUCUGAAAUUUUCAUAAUAAAAAAUUAUGAUUGUUUAAUUGCAUGCAACUAUAUUCACACAAUAUGCUUGGCAUAUAGAUGAAAUGUAAUGAAAAUUUAGUUUGUAACCGGUCAAGUUGCUUUUUGAGGUUUGUCACCGUACACCCCACUCAACUCCCCAAAGUAAGGGAGUGAUGCAAGGAAGAUUUAAAGUAGAAUUAUUUGAAUUUACAGCUUUCAUAAUAUCAUAAGUGGGUGUCAUUUCAAUAACUAAUGUUUUUCUGCUUCAGUUUACUUUUUUUUUUUCUUUUUUAGCAUUCUCCUUUUAUUUUUCCUUUUGGAUGAGUUUCGUGGCACGCAGGUUCUUCUUUCCCCGACCAGGCAGGGAUCGACCUGUGUUUCCUACUGUGGAAGCACGGAGUCUUAAUCACUGGAUGUCAGGGAAGUCCCUAGCUAACCAACUUGAAUCAUUAGAAACAAAACUACAAGUCCCAGAAUGCACUGCACGAUGGACGUCAACUCGAGGACCCCGCGUCUCCGAACUGGUUGCCUUUACUUGAAUGGGAAUAAUCCCAGCGAAAAUUGACGUCUGUGACUCAGAGCAGAUUUUCGAGUAUCUGUACGCUUGGGUCGGUCGAGAGUACAGUUCGAGAGGGACAGAGUGGUACCUUUCUGAUUAGGCGUCGCCCCGGGCAGCCUCACCUCCUCCUGGGGCUUCCGUGCGGCAGGAGGGCUCCGCUAUUGCGCCUCCAAGAUGGCGACGCUGUUGGCGGUAAAUUCGGCUGCUAGUCUGUGGGGUCCUUACAAAGACAUUUGGCAGACUGUGGGAAAUGCUCUUUCGAGAAGACAACCUGAAGCAGUCCACCUCCUUGACAUGAUUUUGAAGAAACACAAACCUGACUUCAUCUCAUUGUUCAGAAACCCUCCAAAAAACGUGCAACAACAUGAGAAGGUGCAGAAAGCCAGCACAGAGGGCGUUGCCAUUCAAGGUCAGCAGGGGGCCCGGCUUCUUCCCGAGCAGCUCGUUAAAGAGGCCUUCACUCUCAGUGACCUAUUUGGCAUUGGAGAACUGGCAGCUGUUGAACUGCUUUUGGCUGGUAGGUUGACACUUAACCUAUGGUGA